AUGCCAGGCAACUUACCUGUGGGUGGGCAUGCACAUCUCCUUGUUCAUAUCAUUGCCUGGAGGUUCUUGAUUAAUGUUUCCCUGUAUCAAAAGGUACUUGCUGAUUUCUGGGAUUUGAGGUGGGUCCAAUGGGGCAGGCAGCAAUUCCUCUGGGAUCAGGGCCAUUUUGGAGGCUGGAACUUUUAUUAUACCAUUUACAUAUCCUUUCUGUCGUAG